UGCAAACUACACAACUGAGUGAGAGCUUUAAUGCUAGUUUGAAGGGGUAUUUGAAAUCAGACCUACAAUUGCCUGAGUUUUUUACUCACUUUGUAAGAAUGGUAUUUGAUAAGCGGUAUAAGGAAAUGGAAGCUGAGUAUCAUUUGUUGUUCCGGAUUGUUCACUGCAAAAUGGAGGUAAGUAUCUUGAUACAUGCACGAGAAGUUUAUACCAAAGCCAUAUUUAAGGCAUUUCAAGCUCAGUUUGAAGACUCUUUAAAGUCUUCCAUAACGAAGUGUGUGUAUAAUGGUGAACAAUAUAUCUUCACUGUUGUUAGGGAUGGGUUCUUGAAGGAGAGGCUAGUAAAAAGAGAAGGUCAAUUUACAGUAUCUUGCAGCUGUAGGAUGUUUGAAACUAUAGGUGUCUUAUGUAGGCAUUGUAUCAAAGUGAUGACAGAAGGCAGAGAAACUACAUUGAUAAAAAAGAUACCUGAACAAUAUAUCUUAGAGAGGUGGACAAAAAAUGCAAGGGUUGAUAAUGUUGUGCAAGACAUGCAUGGGCACGAGAUUGUAGAGAACCCAAGGCUGAAACAAACUUCUCGAUAUAGAAGUUUAUGUUCUAAGUUUGUUCGACUUGCAUCAAGAGCAUCUGAGAGUGAGAAGACAUAUGAGGCAAUAGAUAUGGAAGCUGAUAAGUUAGUAAAGAUGGUUGAAGAUAUGUUACGUGUAGAAAUAAAUGGUGAAAAAGAUGUGGAAGAUGAAGCUCCAAAUGUCUUGGUUGAUUGCUCUAAUAAUGUAACUGUUGUGAAUGCAAAGGGAUUUAAAAAGAGAGAAGCUACACAUCGUGGAAAACGUCGAGUAAAGGGAGGCUUUGAAGCUCAGUUAAGCAAAAACAAAAAUAAGCUCGCACAGGUAACUAAAGUUCCAAGACAUUGUGAUGCAAUGGACCAAUCUCAUGUACCUUCUUCACAACAAUCUCAGGUACCUAUGCACUCUCCUAUAACGGAUGGUAAUGGUAGAUAUAUGCCACUGCUCUUUCAUCCGUAUAAUAUACAUGGGCAUCAAUUGAAUAUGGAAAGUUCACAAGAAUUUGUUCAAUCAAAUAUCAUGGGAUUUUCAUUUGCACAAGACCCAGAAAAAUCAAAUUAUGAGCAGAGUUCAACUCCAAGACAGAACAUUUCUUCAACUUUCAAGGGAGAUAGUUGGUCUGCUACUCCUCUACACUCCGUACAUGAACAGAGGAGAUGAAAUUUUGUUUGCUUGCGUUAAUGUAACUAGCUUCCUGUAACUUUUGUUGUGAAAUUUAGACAUUUUCUUGAUGGAAGUUGUGUUAGGAUUCUAGAUCUGUAACUUUAUUGACUUUUGGGGAGUUUUCUGUUAAUUGUUGUUGCUAUUUG